AUGAUCAACCGAAUCAAACUCUUAACGAUCAUUUCGAUUUCAAUUCUCAUCAACCAAUCUCAAGCUACCACAACAUCAUACCAAAGCACCACACCUCCCGACGUUCCAAUCUGUAGUAAUAUCAGAGGUCCAUACGCGAUUGAUUUAGUUCAAUGUACAAGAGCGAUUAAUAAUAUAAAAGCUUCAGGUGAUCCAGAUGAACCUAAUCAAACCAUUUCAUUUCCUGAUCAAACUUAUAAAAUCUCAUGUGGAAAUUGUGGUAUCACAUUAAAAGCUGAAACUGAUCAAGAAAUCAAAACUACAACAGAUGGAGCACAAGAAGCAUUAAGACAAAUCUUUCAAAAUUGUACUGGAGGUUACGGUCAAAUGAAAAUUCCAAUUCAAUCAACAAACUUACAAUUUGAAGAUAAUGUUGAUUUAAUUAUUGAUGCUACUAAUUCUGAAAGGUGUUAA